UGCCAAGACAGCGUAUUUAUAACAAAAAGGAAAGAAAGAUGUGGAAUCAGUGGAAUCCAAAACGCAUGGAAGAAGCCAUUAUUUGUGUAAGAACCAAAAAAUUAGGCUACACAAGAGCAGCAAAUAUGUUUAAAGUUCCCAGGACCACUCUUCGGAGAUUGGUUGCGAGUGACUUGCCACCAGAAGAUUGUGUAAAUAUGAGGUUAGGACGAAAGCCAGUAAUACCUCCAGAAAUGGAAGCACAAUUAGUUGAUUACCUACUGGAAAUGGAAAACCAAUUUUAUGGUUUGACAAGAAAUGAUGUGAAAAAAAUGGCUUAUCAAUUAGCCAUAAGAAAUAAGUUAAAACAUCCUUUUGGACGUAAUGAGAAAGCUGGUAGAGCUUGGUUUGAUCAAUUUAUAAGAAGACAUCCAACAUUAACUAUUCAUAGUACAUCAUCCAGAGUGGCAGGUUUUAACAAAGAAUUUAUGUCUGCGUUUUAUAACAUUUUGGAAAAUAUAUACAAGAAACACAACUAUAACCCUGAUCGUAUAUUUAAUGUGGAUGAAACCGGAUUCUCUAUAGUACAGAGUGAAAUUCCACACAUAAUAUGUCUAAAAGGAAAAAAAGAGGUUGAUUUGCUCACUGCUGUAGAAAGAAGCUCUCUCAUUACAGUUAUUUAUUGCAUGAGUGCAGGAGGAACAUUUGUCCCACCAAUGCUAAUAUUUCCCUGUAAAAAUAUGUCAAAUAUUCUAAUGAAGGGUGCACCUAUUGGAUCUAUUGGUACAUGCCAUCCAUCUGGAUGGGUUCAAACCCAUUUGUUUACAGAGUGGUUUCAACAUUUUAUCAAAAAGAUAAAUCCUACGAAGGAAUCUCCUGUUCUUUUAAUUUUGGAUGGUCAUUACUCUCAUACGAGGAACUUAGACAUAAUUGAUAUUGCACGCAAAAAUUAUGUUACUAUUUUGAGCAUACCACCUUAUACUACACAUAAAAUGCAGCCUUUAGACCGCACAUUUAUGGAACCAUUCAAACAAUAUUAUAGUGAAUAUAUUCGUAUUUGGCAACGUGAGAAUGAACGACCAGUGGGAUUGUAUGACAUAGCUGAGCUUUUGGGAAGAGCUUAUCUUCAAUGUCAAACAGGUCUAAUCGCUGCUAAUGGUUUUAAAGUUACUGGAAUUUAUCCAUUUAAUCCAUAUAUUUUUUCGGAUAGUGAUUUUAUUGUAUCCAUUCCAGUAGAAGAAAAUCCUACAAGUCCUAUGUCAUCUACAAAACAGAUAAUUGCUACUACGAAGCGUCAUGAUCAACAAAUAGAAGAAAAUUUUGCACAACCAAGUUGCUCUAAAGAUUGUAAGAUAGAACAAAUAACAACUUCUGUAUCGCCUAAAGAAAUAUAGCCAAUUCCACAAAUUAAAUCAAGAAAAUCUACUCGAGACCGUAAACUUUCACAGGCAAUCAUUAUAGAGUCUUCAUAUAAAAAAACAUGACAAUCCUUAAACAAUUCAGAUACGAAAAAGUCUACAAAGAAUUCUGCACCAUCCAAAAGGAAUGUGUAGAAAUGUGGAAGAAAAAGAAAACUUGGAAGAUGUUAAUA